AUGAAUGUUGGUAGGAAAAGUGAUUUGUUUCCUUUCGAAACUUGUACCAGAUUACCGCUCCCUUCAUUAGAGCCAACUCUUUUGCGAGAGCUAGGGGUUUUAAAUGAAAAUGAAAGCGCCAAACGAAAAUAUUAUGACUUAUCAGCAGGCUUAGAAGAGUUUUCCUCAGCGAAGGAUAAUACAUUGCUCGGAAAAGACGUUUUUUUAAGUGUUUCCACUACCUCUGGUUUAAUUGAUUACAAGGACGAAACGGUGAAUGAAGAUGUAGCUGGAAGCCAUUUUUUAGAAUCCGUUGCCGAUAGGAAGCGCAUAAAGUCUCAGAGUCCGGAUUUGGAUUCUGCCUCCUAUAAUCAAAACGCGCUCAUCGACUCGAACGUUUUAGGUUGCUAUUCAAAUUGGGAGGGGACAAAUUUUCUUUCGAAAGAAGCAAAGACUCCAUUCUUUUCAGAGUGUCCUCCUUUCAUCUACGACGCGUUUCUACAUGAAGACGGCUCUCCCGAUGUUCCUGUUCAACAAAUUUCGUCUCAACAAGUCUAUAUAUCAUUAUGUGCUUUGGUACAAGGGUUCGAAACCUUUUUAUUCUUUUGGGACAACGAGGAUGCGACGUUCUGUGUUUCUAAUCUCGUUUCCAUGUCUGGAACGUCUCAGCUUUCCUUUACCAGUUUUACCACAAAGUUCGUUUCGUUUGGUACUUUAAUACGCAACUCUAUUAAGAAAAUCAAAAAUCCCGUAUCAAUUGGACAGUUUUACUUGUUCAACUUUUGCGCAAAUGGUAUUACUCAGUAUCGGAAUGAGUUACAGGCUUGGUUAUAUGAUACCCACUCACCAACGUGUGGGCCUUUAUCCCUUCUGACUUAUAUCCGAAGAUUUGAUCCUUUGUUUCAUAUGCUCGAAUAUGUUUUGCAUAUUCCACCUGCUCGUCAAGAUACUAUAUCUAUAAUGAACGCUCUUUAUGAUUAUACGAAUAUGUGCCAAAACACUAAAAAUUAUCCAAUAGCUUUGGAAUGCUUUGCUUAUUGUUCUGACCCCUUUUUCCUAAAAUUAAAUGCGGCAUUGGACUUUACGGUUACCAAUAAGCGUAUACAAAAUUUUGUACAUACAUUUCCUAACUUUUUUCCUUCUGAGCUUACCCUGCUUCUAGCUGAAUUCUUGGAUUCUUUCACUAUAAUUCAAGAUUAUCCUGUAUUUUUUGAAGCAUUGCGACCAAAGUUAGCUACUUCUCUCAAAGUUGGUUUCUCCCUUAGUGAGAACUUUCUAUAUCCCCGACCAAAGGCAGCAUCCUUAGAUUUAUCAGACGAUGAGUAUUCAAAGGAGAAACGAAACGUCAAUGAAGAAGAAAACUUUGAAGUUCUGCUUGAAAAGAUGAAUAUGACUCCAAACAUCGAUGAUGAGGUCCCCGAUUUACACUUUGUAGAAGGGCCAGAGGGAACGUUACCAUUAAGUCUAGUUAUGCAAUUGUGUAUAUACAAUCCGAUUCAGGACUAUAUUCUGGUACUUAUGCGAGCCCUGUAUCAAUCUUUGUUUACGCAAUGUUUUGCUUCUCAGGUAUUAUCGCUUUUACAAAAUAUAUGCUGCUUCCAAAGCCCGGCAUUUGUUGACGAAAUAAUGUGUUUUAUUCGAGAUGAUUUCUUUGGAUUAGAUGAUCCGUAUUCCUUGGAGCAUGCAUUCGUAGCGUUUGCAUCUUCUUCGAAACAAUGCACGUUUCAUGAAGUAGAGCGCCUUGGUUUGAAUGAAUUUGCAAGUUCUAAUAUACAUAUGCUCUUACACUACCACGAAGGAGAAAUCCGACCCAAGACGUUUGGAGCAUUAGGUCUAAAGUGCAAGAUUUCCGGUCCAUUACAGAUGUUAUUUCCAAAAGAAAUAUUAGAUCUGUAUUCUAAAAUUUUUUCCAUGGUAUCACUUUUUUUUGAGCAUAAAGCGUCUAUAGAAUACGAAUUCCAGCAAAGUCGACGGCUUUGGGAGAAAAAGGUCAGAAUCGAAAAAUGGCUUUUUUACCAAAACAUGAAGAGCAAAAUAUUUGAUCUAAUACAUGUUGUUAUUCCAGAAGCCAUUUCUUCCUUUACUGAUUCUUUCCUAUCGCUUUCCUCGUUUUCAUCAGACAGGCCGAUCAGCUUAUUUUCAUCUGAAAUAAAUGAGAAGCAUAAACAAAGUUUGAUGUUAUUAAUGCAAGAAAUAGAAGCCAAUAAUCCCUUCCUAGACGAAGGAAAGGAAACGAUGGCUGAAUAA